AGGGCUGCGGGGGCAGGGCUGGGCCGCGGGGAUGAACUUUGCGGUGGGCUUCAAGCCCAUGCUGGGGGACUCGCACAGCACGGACAGCCUGGAGAAACAGCUGAUCUGCCCCAUCUGCCUGGAGAUGUUCAGCAAGCCUGUGGUCAUCCUGCCCUGCCAGCACAACCUCUGCCGUAAGUGUGCCAACGACAUCUUCCAGGCGUCCAACCCGCUGUGGCAGUCGCGGGGCUCGAGCUCGGUGUCGUCGGGGGGGCGAUUCCGGUGCCCCUCCUGCCGCCACGAGGUCGUCCUGGACCGGCACGGCGUCUACGGGCUGCAGCGUAACCUGCUCGUGGAGAACAUCAUCGACAUCUACAAGCAGGAGUCCACCAGGCCCCUGCACGCCAAGGCAGAGCAGCAGCUGAUGUGUGAUGAGCACGAGGACGAGAAGAUCAACAUCUACUGCCUGACCUGCGAGGUGCCCACCUGCUCCCUGUGCAAGGUGUUCGGGGCCCACAAGGACUGCGAGGUGGCCCCACUGCCCAGCGUCUACAAGCGCCAGAAGAGCGAGCUGAGCGACGGGGUCGCCAUGCUAGUGGCUGGGAACGACCGCAUCCAGGCCAUCGUGACCCAGAUGGAGGAGAUCUGCAAGGCCAUCGAGGAGAACAGUCGGCGGCAGAAGCAGCAUCUCUGCCAGCGCUUCGACUCCCUGUGCAGCUCCCUGGAGGAGCGUAAGAAGGAGCUGGUGCAACGCAUCAGCCGGGAGCAGGAGGAGCGGGUGAGCCACGUGCGCUCCCUCAUCCGCCAGUACGGGGAGCACCUGGAGAUCGCCUCCAAGCUGGUGGAGUCGGCCAUCCAGGCCAUGGAGGAGCCCCAGAUGGCCGCGUACCUGCAGCAAUCCAAGGAGCUGCUUAAAAAGAUCACAGACAUGUCGAAGGUGUCGAUGAGCAGCCGCCCGGAGCCUGGCUACGAGAAGAUGGACCACUUCUUUGUCAAUGUGGACUACCUGGCCGAGAUGCUGAGAACCAUCGAAUUUCAGACAGACUCGCUGGGUGAGGACGACUCGGACGGGUUUGCAGGCGGGGAUGGAGGAGAUGCUGGAGCCGACGAGGACAGGCCAGAGGGGCCAGAGGCGCUAGAGGAGGCCGAAGAUCCUCCUAACCAGUCUUUACAGUCCGGCCCUGGGUCAGUGGGGCCCAGGCAGAAGCCAUCGAGCUCCCCGCAUGGUCAGCACUGAGAGCCAUGCAGGAGGAGCCCACGAGUGAGACCUCCAGGACAUGGUGUCAUCAGCAACUGAUUUCCCCCAGCCGAGACUCUGCAUUCCUGGCCCCUUCUCCCCUCGCCAAGACCCUGCGUUCCUGGCCCCUUCUCCCCUCGCUGAGACCCUGCGUUCCUGGUCCCCUUUCCCCUGGCCUGAGACCCUGCGUUCCUGGCCCCUUCUCCGCUGGCCGAGACCCUGCGUUCCUGGCCCCCUCUCCCCCAGCCCGAGACCCUGCGUUCUUGGCCCCUUCUGCCCCGGUCCGAGACCCUGCAUUCCUGGCCCCUUCUCCCCUGGCCCGAGACCCUGCGUUCCUGGCCCCCUCUCCCCCGGCCCGAGACCCUGCGUUCCUGGCCCCGUCUCCCCCGGCCCGAGACCCUGCGUUCUUGGCCCCUUCUUCCCCGGCCCGAGACCCUGCGUUCCUGGCCCCGUCUCCCCCGGCCCGAGACCCUGCGUUCUUGGCCCCCUCUCCCCUGGCCCGAGACCCUGCGUUCCUGGCCCCGUCUCCCCCGGCCCGAGACC